ACUGUAUACUGGGCAAGGCACUGGCUGAGCUGCUGUGGCUCCCUGACCCAAGGGGCCUGGUGUCCCUGCGAGGCCUAGUGAAGGAGCUGGAGAAGGUAUAGCCUCCAUCUCUGACCUUGGAGGAGCCUAUCUCACCUCCAAGCGCUGAGCUAGGUUCUUGCCUAACUUUAUCCUUCCCUGAAGGAGAUAAGGGAGACAAAAAGUAGAAUGACUCCCUAAGAUCUCCCUCUUCUUUUCCUCAACCGCCAGCCCCUCAUCCAACCCCCACCCCCACCCCACCCCACCCUGGGUGGCAUGCCUUGUCAAGAGCAAUGUGUAAAGAAAAGAAAUCGUCCAAUGCAGUCACGUCUACCCACUGACCUCUCCCAUCCCCUCUCUCCCCCUAAAAGUUUAUUUGGUUGGUCUGGACUCACUUGUGGCCUUUGAUCAGAUUUCUACGGGGCCUGAAGAAGAUAUUUCUGCCUCAGAGGGUUAGAGGCACUUGAGCUAGGACCCCACUCCCCAACUCUGGCGGUUGUGGAGAGGGGGUGAGAGGGGCGUUUUGGGGGAACACAACCAGCCUAGAUAACAGGAACUCAGAGAGUGGCAGAAGCUGUAACAAGUUUAGUAGUCUCUAAGUGGGUUAUAUCCCUUCCCCCCCCCGUCACAUCCGAAUCUUGUGAAAUGGGAAAACAACAGAAAGAGGGAUCAAAGGAAGCCAAUCUCUCACACACUUUCCAGGCAGGGCAGAGGUGGGAGUCAAAAGCAGGGUGAGAGGUGGGUGGAGAGCCCUGUUUGAGGUUGUGGCUGAUCCCUGUUAAUAGCUUUCCCCUGGGGGCAGGAAGCCCUAGGAAGAGGGGGACCCCUCUGUAGGGUCCCCAGGGGAUCUUUCCUCCCUCCCCUGCAUGAGGCAGACAAGAGCUGCCUGCCAAUCCCCUCCCUCAAGGAAUGGCCUUGCCUGGGAAUGCCCAUCACACAUACCCUCUUCUUUUUUUCUAGUCAAACUCUGUUUACUCCUUGGCCUGCCUCCCUCCCUCCCCUCUAAACCUUUACUUCUGAUUUCUAUUUCAUGGAAUUUGGGAUUGAAGUUAAACUACAACAGUGCCGCCAACACCAAGUCUUGCAGGAAAAAAAAAAAAAAUACAAAGAAAUUUAACAAAAAAAAUAUAUUAAUAAAAAAGUUCAAAAAAGGGGGGGGAAUUGUCAUCUCCUUUGGGGUGCGAUGGCUUCAAACCCAAGGUCUCCUGAGGCUCUUCGGGUGGUGAGAAUGUACAAAGAGGCCUCUGGGAGAAUCAUCCCAAGUCUGCUAUGCAGUCUUGCCGCCCGAAGAGCUCCUUGCCUCAACUCCAAAGCCUGAGGCCUGAGGUCAGAGGAUUCUAGACGACUCAGCCGGGCAGCCCAGGAGGGGGGCGGGGUCCCGUGACGGGGGCGGGAAGAGGGAAGGACCAGGCGAAGGACCAACCCCCGUCGGGCCCCGUACCAGGAAGCGCUGGGGGUAGAGAAGCUGAGUUGAGACCAGCCAGGAUGGUGGUGCCUUCGUUGAAGCUUCAAGAUCUAAUCGAGGAAAUUCGUGGGGCCAAGACCCAAGCCCAGGAGCGGGAGGUGAUCCAGAAGGAGUGCGCCCACAUCCGCGCCUCCUUCCGCGAUGGGGACCCUCUGCACAGGCACCGCCAGCUGGCCAAACUGCUCUACGUCCACAUGUUGGGCUACCCCGCCCACUUUGGACAGAUGGAGUGCCUGAAACUGAUCGCCUCCCCCAGAUUCACAGACAAGAGGGUGGGCUACCUGGGGGCCAUGCUUCUGCUGGAUGAGAGGCAGGAUGCCCACCUGCUCAUUACCAACAGCAUCAAGAAUGACCUGAGCCAGGGGAUUCAGGCAGUACAAGGCCUGGCCCUGUGCACUCUGAGCACUGUGGGCUCUGCUGAGAUGUGCCGGGACCUGGCCACUGAGGUGGAGAAACUGCUCCUGCAGCCAGGCCCCUAUGUGCGCAAGAAGGCUGUUCUGACCGCCGUGCACAUUAUCCGGAAGGUCCCCGAGCUCUCCAACAUCUUCCUCCCACCCUGUGCCCAACUGCUUCAUGAACGUCACCACGGCGUCCUGCUGGGCACCAUCACGCUGAUCACGGAGCUCUGUGAACGAAGCCCUGCAGCCCUCAAGCACUUUCGAAAGGUGGUGCCCCAGCUGGUGCAGAUCCUCUGGACUCUGGUGACGACGGGAUACUCCACAGAGCACAGUAUAUCUGGAGUCAGCGACCCCUUUCUGCAGGUCCAGAUACUUCGUCUGCUUCGGAUCCUGGGCCGGAACCAUGAAGAAAGCAGUGAGACCAUGAAUGACUUGCUGGCCCAGGUGGCCACUAACACAGAUACCAGCCGAAAUGCAGGCAACGCAGUCCUAUUUGAGACAGUGCUGACCAUCAUGGACAUCCGCUCUGUAGCCGGCCUCCGGGUCCUGGCUGUCAACAUUCUUGGCCGCUUUCUGCUCAACAGUGACAAGAACAUUAGGUAUGUGGCGCUGACAUCGUUGCUGCGUGUGGUGCAGUCUGACCACAGUGCUGUGCAGCGGCACCGGCCCACUGUGGUGGAGUGUCUGCGGGAGCCUGAUGCCUCCCUUAGCCGGCGGGCCCUGGAAUUGAGUCUGGCUCUGGUGAAUAGCUCCAACGUGCGAGCCAUGACGCAAGAGCUGCAGAGCUUUCUGGAAUCCUGCCCCCCUGAUCUGCGGGCCGACUGUGCCUCAGGCAUCCUGCUGGCAGCAGAGAGGUUUGCCCCAACCAAGCGGUGGCAUAUAGAUACCAUCCUGCGUGUGCUGACAAUGGCAGGCACCCAUGUACGGGAUGAUGCAGUGGCCAACCUGACCCAGCUGAUUGGGGGUGCCCAGGAGCUACAUGCCUACUCCGUGCGCCGCCUCUACAGUGCCCUGGCAGAAGACAUAUCCCAACAACCACUGGUGCAAGUGGCAGCCUGGUGCAUUGGAGAAUAUGGGGACCUCCUGCUGGAGGGGAGCUGUGAGGAAACCGAGCCCCUUCAGGUGGAGGAAGAGGAGGUGUUGGCACUGUUGGAGAAGGUGCUGCAGUCCCAUAUGUCCCUGCCAGCUACCAGAGGCUAUGCACUGACAGCCCUCAUGAAGCUCAGCACCCGGCUCCGUGGGGACAACAACCGCAUCCGCCAGGUGGUGUCUGUCUACGGGAGCUGCCUGGAUGUGGAACUGCAGCAGCGGGCUGUCGAGUACAACGCACUCUUCCAGAAGUAUGACCACAUGAGGUGCGACUGUCACUGUGCCGCAGCAUAGGACCCAACCCCUGCCCUCUCCCCACGCCACUUCUCCAGGGCUGCCAUCCUGGAAAAGAUGCCUCUUGUGGAGCGAGGUGGUACCCAGGAUGAGGAAGCAAAGGAAAGCAAAGAAGCCCAGCAUUCGGAAGCAGCCCUUGUCCCCACAGAGCCGCAG